AUGUCACCCAGCAGAGCGAUGUUUCGCUCCGGCCUCAGGCCUGCGGCCAAGCUACACGCGACAUGCGCCCCGAUACGGCCAUUUGCGCGACCUCAGCGCGAGGGAGCCGUCCUGCGCGCCGCCACGAAGGCUUGGGAGAGUACAUUGACCGGAGACGAGAAGUCGGGUCACAUUGUCAAAUCCGAAAGCGAAGCGAUCCUUUUCUUCGACAACCUCUUUCCCUUGAAGCUCACCUACCUGCUGCGGCGGUCAUGGUCGUCAGACCGCAAUCUGACCGACCUUCUCAAGCGCUUCGACAGCUCCAACGGGGGCUUGGGUACGGAUCCGAUAAGCCUGGUAAAACGAGCCAUUCCAAAGGACCUUCCGAUCAAGGUUACAGAGAUCCUACCGCGACUCAAGGAUGGAGGGGCAUUCGUUAAGUUCAGCCACGGAUCGCACGUUUCGCCCAAGGACAUUGAAAGUAAGGGCUCCAAGAUCCUGCGUCUGACCCUGUCUUGA